AUGCGUGUUUUGAGGCAAUAUGCUGAAUUGUUGAUCACUCAUAGAACGGAUCAAACGAAGCAUCGCAAGGCAAAUGCGAGAACGGACGUUUGGAAGCUGACGUGUUACAACUUACCAAAGACGGAUUACAAUUCAGAAGCAGUAUCACUGAAAAUAUACAGUGCAUGGAGUCAUGGAGAUCAAGGAAUGGAAGAUUCGCAAGGAAACAAGAGUGUUCACUCCGGGAAAGGAUCAGCGAGAAUACAAGAAAGGAAAGCUGCAUAUACGAGUGUUAAACCUUAG